CCCUCGCUAUCCCAUGGUGCUGUUCGCGACGUGCACUUUGCCAUUUCGCUGGAGGGGGAGAGACAGAGAGACAGACGGACAGUCUGUGCGAAAACUUCACCAACGAGUCGCUGCGGGCUGCCGCCAAAACGGACAUGUUAGCGCCGAGGCCUUGAAGGCGGGACGCUGCUGAAAACGACGUUCGGCGACCACCUUUCAGUUCGACGCGCGGUAGCGUAGGCCGCCGACCGACAAACAUGGAGGCAGUGAACGCCUUCAACCAGGAGCUCUUCUCAUUGAUGGAGAUGAAGCCUCCAAUUUCUCGUGCAAAGAUGAUUCUCAUUACUAAAGCUGCCAUUAAAGCUAUUAAGCUUUACAAACAUGUAGUCCAAAUUGUAGAGAAGUUUAUUAAAAAGUGUAAGCCUGAAUAUAAAGUUCCUGGACUGUAUGUUAUUGACUCCAUUGUUCGCCAAUCUCGACAUCAAUUUGGAACAGACAAGGAUGUUUUUGGGCCAAGAUUCUGUAAGAAUAUAACUGCCACAUUCCAGUAUUUAUAUCUCUGUCCAUCAGAAGAUAAGAGUAAGAUAGUUCGUGUCCUCAACUUAUGGCAGAAAAAUGGUGUGUUCAAAAUAGAAAUAAUUCAGCCACUUCUGGACAUGGCAGCAGGAGCUAGCAGUGCAACCUCAGUGACAGAAGAUGCCACCAAUAAUGAAGGUUCACCACAACCUGCUACAAUUCCAUCUGAGCCACCACAGGUUGGUGCUAAUUCAGUACCUGCUGUGGCACAGGUGCCCAGUUCUGAUGCAUUUGCUGCUGUUGCUCAGUUAUUUCAAACAACACAAGGACAGCAGCUCCAACAGAUUCUCCAGACUUUUCAGCAACCUCCUAAACCUCAGUCUCCAGUAAUAGAUAAUAAUGUAAUGGCUCAGGUUCAAGCUAUCACAGCUCAGCUGCAGACCACGACAACACAACCAUCAGAACAAAAGCAUGAUUUCCAAAUACCAGAACAAAAAACAUCUUUUGAUAAGAAGCUGUUGGAUCGCUUUGACUAUGAUGAUGAACCAGAAGCAGUAGAAGAUACAAAAAAAGAAGAGGCCACACCUUCUCCUUCACUCUCUCAACCAACAUUUGGAUUUCCAGGUGAAGGCUUACAACCACCAGUUUAUCCUCAGCUUCCAAAUAUAGAUCAGUUUCAGCAGAGAAUGCUGGGAAUGCAACAGGAUGCAAUGCUUCACCAGAUCCCCCUCCCUCCAAAUGGACAGAUGCCUAGCUAUGGACUUCUGCCUACACCGCAGUUUACUCCUAUAACUCAACAGGUUAUACAGUCUUCACCUCAGGUGCAGCAGCCUUUCCAGUCUUCUUUUCCAGCACAAAGUGAAUCACAUUUACAGAAAGCACAUCAACAGGAACUGGAAGUGGAUCAGCAUCCAACUCAGGAAGGAAAAAGGCAUGAGAACAGAAAGUCAAGAUCUAGAUCAGCAUCAAGAUCACCUAAGAGAAGAAGAUCACGAUCUGGUUCUCGAACUCGAAGAUCACGCCAUCGUCGUUCUCGUUCUCGAUCCCGGGACAAGCGACGUCAUUCUCCUAGGUCAAGGUCCCAGGAAAGACGUGAGAGGGAGAGAGAGCGAGAGCGCAGAGUGAAAGGCCUUCCUCCAAUCAAACCAGAAACUGUUAGUGUUUGCAGUACAACUCUUUGGGUAGGACAACUGGACAAACGAACAACACAGCAGGAUGUUGGAGGUCUCUUAGAAGAGUUUGGUCUAAUUGAAUCUAUAAAUAUGAUACCCCCAAGAGGAUGUGCUUAUAUUGUAAUGGUACAGAGACAAGAUGCAAACCGUGCUCUGCAGAAACUGAGUCGUGGUAAUUUUAAAGUGAAUCAGAAAUCUAUAAAGAUCGCUUGGGCUUUGAAUAAAGGAAUUAAGCCAGACUAUAAGCAGUAUUGGGAUGUAGAAUUGGGUGUUACCUACGUACCAUGGGGUAAAGUUAAACCUGAAGAUUUGGAAAGCUUUUGUGAAGGAGGAAUGCUGGAUAAUGAUACACUUAGUCCUGAAUGGAAAGGAAUUCCAAAAAAAUCAGAAAACCAGUUAGCCCAGAAUGGAGGGGCUGGAAGUGCUGAUUCUGCACAUAAUGAACAAACAUCACCUGUAGCUAAAGCUUUGCCAAUCCAAAUGCCUGUACCUAUACCUUCACCAAUAACAAUACCACCCCCACAGGUGCCACCACAUCAACCAGGUCCUCCAAUGGUUGGUACUCUUCAGCCUCCUACAUUUACUCCUCCAUUAGGAAUUCCACCUCCUGGAUUUGGUCCUGGAGUUCCCCCUCCACCACCACCACCAUUUAUGCGACCAGGCUUCAAUCCAAUGCAUUUACCGCCAGGUUUUCUUCCUCCUGGACCACCACCUCCCAUUAAUCCUUCGGUUUCAGUUCCUCCAGUUUCUGUCCCUCCUUCUGGAGGAGUAACUAUCCCAAAUUCUACUGUGGCCAGUAUAAAUGAAGACACUACAAAAGACUCUUCUGUAGGAAACCCUAUUCCUACAGUAGUUUCUGGAGCUAGAGGAAAUGGUGAAAAUGCAGAAGGCUCCAAAGGAUAUCCAAAUGCUCCUCCACCUGUAACUUCUGCUAGUAUAUCAGCUCCUGUAUCCCAACCAGUCCCACUUCUUGGUACUCAAGGAGUUACAUCUAGUCCAGUGAUUGGGCUUCAGACACCUUCUACUGGCCUUUUAGGUGCCCGACCCGGUUUGAUACCACUUCAGAGACCUCCAGGAAUGCCACCACCUCAUCUGCAACGUUUCCCAAUGAUGCCACCUCGGCAUAUGCCUCCUCAUAUGAUGCACAGAGGUCCACCUCCAGGCCCAGGUGGUUUUGGAAUGCCUCCACCUCAUGGGAUGAAGGGCCCUUUCCCACCCCCAGGUCACUUUGCAAGGCCUAGUGGAAUGCCUGGGGGUGGUCCAGUUGGAUCUGAAGAUAAUAGAGAUGGAAGGCAGUUCAGGAAUGACAGGCCACCAUUUACUCCACAUAGAGACCAGGAAAGGUUUGGAAGGAGAUCUUUUGGGAAUCGGAUAGAAAAUGAACGUGAACGCUAUGGCAACCGUAAUGAUGACAGAGAGCAUGAACGCCUUGGUAAUCGUGAAAGGAGAGAAUGGGGGAGAAGAAGCCCUGAACGUGAUAGACACAGAGACUUGGAGGAAAGAAAUCGGCGUUUCAGUGGACACAGAGAGAGAGAUUCUAGAGAUAGGGAACCCCAUAGAGAAAAAGAUGAAAAUCGAGGAAAGGAGAAACCUGAGCUAACAGACAGAGUAGAUGGGGUGAAAAACUAUGAAUCUCAGAGCAGUAAAAUAGAAAAUACAGACUCUGUUUCAGAACUUAAUAAAGAGUCUGAACCUAUUGGUGUGAAACCAAAUGAAGAAGUAGCAUCUGAGUCUACCUCAUCUCUUGAAAAACCUGAAAAACCUACUGGCUCAGUUGUGGAGGCUCCUCGCUAGAGACUGGAAUUUGUCAAAAAUUGCAUUGGAGUGUAGAGCUUUAGAAUUGUACAGUAUGCUGUAUAUUUGCUUUUGCUAUAUCACAAUUCCCCCAUAGUUUAUGGGGAUAUGUAAGCAAUUUGAUUGCUUCCCUUCUAUUUAAAAUAGCUACACAAUAACAUGAAAAAAAAAAAUAAACCAUUACCCAUUUUCUGCUGUAACUUUUUUAAAGUUUUGACUUUAAAAAGUUUACAAAUCAGACUUAGAAGUGCUUUCUAUUUUUUUUAAUUUAAGUGAAGGUAAAAUGGUAAAAAGCUCCUAAAAUAGGGAUGUGUUUUUAAUAAACUCUAUUUUCAUAACAAUC